AAUAUUUGAAAUAAAGGCCAACAGAUAGGGGACGCCUGGCAAAAUCAGUGGGAGAACGGGAAGGGCCAAUAACCUCUGGCCGCAGAAUCACUGCAAUCUGGCCUCUGUUUGCUGAUGAUAAUGCGCCUUUCCAAAGCCCUGAUAGACAUGGAGAUGGCAGAUUAUAGUGCAGCUUUAGAUCCGGCAUACACGACACUAGAGUUUGAGAACAUGCAAGUCCUGGCCAUAGGCAACGACACCUCCCCAUCGGAAGCAACAAAUCUCAAUGCCUCCAACAGCAUUGGAGCCAGCGUGCUGUGUGCUAUCUGCGGAGAUCGUGCUACAGGGAAACACUAUGGAGCCUCCAGCUGUGAUGGCUGCAAAGGGUUUUUCAGGAGAAGCGUCAGAAAGAACCACAUGUAUUCCUGCAGGUUUAACAGGCAGUGUGUUGUAGACAAAGACAAAAGGAACCAGUGUAGAUACUGCAGGCUAAAGAAAUGCUUUCGAGCAGGAAUGAAGAAAGAAGCUGUACAGAAUGAACGGGAUCGAAUCAGUACUCGGAGAUCCAGCUACGAAGACAGCAGCUUGCCUUCCAUUAAUGUUUUACUGCAAGCAGAAGUACUUUCUCAACAGAUGUCAUCGCCCAUGACAGUGAUCAGCGGAGAUGUCAGGGGGAAAAAGAUAGCAAAUAUUGCGGAUGUGUGUGAAUCCAUGAAGCAGCAGUUGUUAGUAUUGGUGGAGUGGGCCAAGUACAUUCCAGCCUUCUGUGAGCUUCCUCUGGAUGAUCAGGUGGCUUUGCUACGAGCACAUGCAGGUGAGCACCUUUUACUUGGAGCAGCCAAACGGUCGAUGGUGUUCAAAGACAUCCUCCUCCUAGGAAAUGACCACAUAAUUCCCCGUAACUGCCCAGAGCUGCUGGAAAUCAGCCGUGUGGCCGUGAGAAUCUUGGAUGAGCUGGUGCUGACGUUUCAGGAAUUACAGAUUGAUGAUAAUGAAUACGCUUGUUUGAAAGCCAUCAUCUUCUUUGAUCCAGAUGCCAAAGGCCUGAGCGACCCCAUCAAGAUCAAACGAAUGAGGUAUCAAGUUCAGGUCAGCCUGGAGGACUACAUCAACGACCGGCAGUAUGAUUCUAGGGGGCGUUUCGGGGAGCUCCUCCUCCUGCUGCCCACCCUCCAGAGCAUAACCUGGCAGAUGAUCGAGCAAAUCCAGUUUGUCAAACUCUUCGGCAUGGCUAAGAUUGACAACCUGCUGCAGGAGAUGCUGCUGGGAGGAUCGUCGAGUGAUACGCCUCAUACUCACCAUCAUGCUCUACACCCUCACCUGAUCCAGGAGAAUCUGGGGACAAAUGUCAUUGUGGCCAACACAAUGCCCACUCAGAUUCACAACGGGCAGCUGUCUACUCCUGAAACUCCACAGCCUUCCCCACCAGCUGGCUCGGGAGCCGAACAAUACAAGCUGCUUCCUGGGGCCAUUGCGACGGUAGCCAAACAGCCCAAUUCAAUCCCUCAGCCUGCUAUAACAAAGCAAGAGGUCAUCUAGCAUCCAGCUCGAAUGAAUUUGCCAGAAGUUGCAAAGACCAUGCUCGGGGCCGAAUGUCCUCACACAUACUGUACUCAACUUACUCUGGAAGUGGCACAUUCACAGAGUUGUCCCAGGGCACGGAUGCAUCAGCCUGUUUUAUUGGUAACUUCGUG